GAGGGUCCGCCCGGCCCCCCGCCGCCGGAGCCGCCGCCGCCGCCGCCGCCACAGCCGCCUCAGGAACGAGUCGCCAGGGGAACAUGGCGCCGGGCCCGCCGUUGCUGCGGCCGGGAUCGCGGAGGCCGGGACCGCGCUGAGGGCGCCCCCAAGGCUGGCAGACAUGUUGGCUAUUUGGCGAUGAGAAGAAGUAAGAACUGACAUCAUACUGGUUUACAACACUAUGGGACCUGACACUUGGGCUGCUUGGGCAGCGGGCCUCCACUGGCACUGCUGAGAAGUCUUGUCACUCUACUGCAGAACACUAAUCUGAUCUCGGAAGUAGCUGAUUGUGGCAGGAUGUUUCGAAGAUGAUGAUGGCAAGAAAGCAAGAUGUUCGAAUCCCCACCUACAACAUCAGCGUGGUGGGAUUGUCCGGGACUGAGAAGGAGAAAGGCCAGUGCGGCAUUGGGAAGUCUUGUCUAUGUAACCGCUUCGUGCGCCCAAGUGCAGAUGAUUUUCACCUGGACCACACUUCUGUUCUCAGCACCAGUGACUUUGGUGGGCGGGUGGUCAAUAAUGACCACUUUCUCUACUGGGGAGAAGUUAGCCGCUCCCUGGAGGACUGUGUGGAAUGUAAAAUGCACAUUGUGGAGCAGACUGAGUUCAUUGAUGAUCAGACUUUUCAACCUCAUCGAAGCACGGCACUGCAGCCCUACAUCAAGAGAGCUGCAGCCACCAAGCUCGCAUCAGCUGAAAAACUCAUGUAUUUUUGCACUGACCAGCUGGGGCUGGAACAGGACUUUGAGCAGAAACAGAUGCCAGAUGGAAAGCUGCUGGUUGACGGCUUCCUUCUGGGCAUUGAUGUUAGCAGGGGCAUGAACAGGAACUUCGAUGACCAGCUCAAGUUUGUCUCCAAUCUCUACAAUCAGCUUGCAAAAACAAAAAAGCCCAUAGUGGUGGUCCUGACUAAGUGUGAUGAGGGUGUUGAGCGGUACAUUAGAGAUGCACAUACUUUUGCCUUAAGCAAAAAGAACCUCCAGGUUGUAGAGACCUCAGCAAGAUCCAAUGUGAAUGUGGACUUGGCUUUCAGUACUUUAGUGCAACUCAUUGAUAAGAGUCGAGGGAAGACAAAAAUCAUUCCUUACUUUGAAGCUCUCAAGCAGCAGAGUCAGCAAAUAGCUACAGCAAAGGACAAAUAUGAGUGGUUGGUGAGCCGAAUUGUGAAAAAUCACAAUGAGAACUGGCUGAAUGUCAGCCGAAAGAUGCAGGCCUCCCCUGAGUACCAAGACUAUGUCUACCUAGAAGGGACACAGAAGGCCAAGAAGCUCUUCCUGCAGCACAUCCACCGCCUCAAGCACGAGCAUAUUGAGCGCCGGAGAAAACUAUACCUGGCAGCCCUGCCGUUGGCUUUUGAAGCCCUCAUACCUAAUCUAGAUGAAGUAGACCACCUGAGCUGCAUUAAAGCCAAAAAACUCUUAGAGACCAAGCCAGAGUUCUUGAAGUGGUUUGUUGUGCUUGAAGAGACACCAUGGGACGCCACCAGCCACAUUGACAACAUGGAAAAUGAGAGGAUUCCCUUUGACUUGAUGGAUACUGUCCCUGCUGAGCAGCUGUAUGAGACCCACUUGGAGAAGCUGAGGAACGAGAGGAAGAGAGCUGAGAUGCGAAAGGCAUUCAAAGAAAACCUGGAGACCUCUCCUUUCAUAACUCCCGGGAAACCUUGGGAAGAGGCUCGUAGUUUUAUUAUGAAUGAAGACUUUUACCAGUGGCUGGAAGAAUCAGUGUACAUGGACAUCUAUGGCAAACACCAAAAACAGAUUAUAGACCGAGCAAAGGAAGAGUUCCAGGAGUUGCUUUUGGAGUACUCAGAAUUAUUUUAUGAGUUGGAGCUGGAUGCCAAACCCAGCAAGGAAAAGAUGGGUGUCAUCCAGGAUGUUUUGGGGGAAGAGCAGAGAUUUAAAGCAUUGCAGAAGCUCCAGGCAGAGCGCGAUGCCCUCAUUCUGAAGCACAUUCACUUUGUGUACCACCCCACGAAGGAGACAUGCCCAAGCUGCCCAGCUUGUGUAGAUGCUAAGAUUGAGCACUUGAUCAGUUCUCGCUUUAUCCGGCCAUCUGACAGGAAUCAGAAGAACUCUCUGUCAGACCCCAAUAUCGAUAGGAUCAAUUUGGUUAUCUUAGGCAAAGAUGGCCUUGCCCGAGAGUUGGCCAAUGAAAUUCGAGCUCUUUGUACAAAUGACGACAAGUAUGUGAUAGAUGGUAAAAUGUAUGAGCUGUCCCUGAGGCCAAUAGAGGGUAACGUCAGGCUUCCUGUGAACUCUUUCCAGACACCAACCUUCCAACCCCAUGGCUGCCUCUGCCUUUACAAUUCAAAGGAGUCGCUGUCCUAUGUGGUGGAGAGUAUAGAGAAGAGCAGAGAGUCCACACUGGGCAGGCGGGAUAAUCACUUAGUUCACCUCCCCCUGACCUUAAUUUUAGUGAACAAGAGGGGGGACACAAGUGGAGAGACUCUGCACAGCUUAAUACAACAAGGCCAACAGAUUGCUAGCAAACUGCAGUGUGUCUUUCUUGAUCCUGCUUCUGCUGGCAUUGGUUACGGACGCAAUAUUAAUGAGAAGCAGAUCAGUCAAGUUCUGAAGGGACUCCUGGAUUCUAAGCGCAACUUAAACCUGGUCAGCUCCACUGCUAGUAUCAAAGACUUGGCUGAUGUGGACCUUCGAAUUGUCAUGUGUCUGAUGUGUGGCGAUCCCUUUAGUGCAGAUGACAUACUCUCUCCUGUCCUGCAGUCCCAAACCUGUAAAUCUUCCCACUGUGGGAGCAGCAACUCUGUUUUACUUGAACUUCCGAUUGGACUACACAAGAAGCGCAUUGAGCUGUCUGUUCUUUCAUACCAUUCCUCGUUCAGCAUCCGAAAGAGCCGGUUGGUUCAUGGGUACAUUGUUUUUUAUUCAGCCAAACGUAAGGCCUCCUUGGCGAUGUUACGUGCCUUUCUUUGUGAAGUGCAGGAUAUUAUCCCCAUCCAGCUUGUUGCACUCACUGAUGGCGCUAUAGAUGUCCUGGACAAUGACUUAAGUCGAGAGCAGCUGACAGAGGGGGAGGAGAUUGCCCAAGAAAUUGAUGGGAGGUUCACAAGCAUCCCUUGUAGCCAGCCCCAGCAUAAACUUGAGAUCUUUCACCCCUUUUUUAAAGACGUGGUGGAGAAAAAGAACAUAAUCGAGGCCACGCACAUGUAUGAUAAUGUUGCUGAGGCCUGCAGCACCACUGAAGAAGUGUUCAACUCCCCCAGGGCCGGGUCACCACUCUGCAACUCAAACUUACAGGAUUCAGAAGAAGACGUGGAGCCUCCAUCGUACCACCUGUUUCGGGAAGAUGCAACAUUGCCCUCCCUGUCCAAAGACCAUUCCAAGUUCUCUAUGGAGCUGGAGGGAAAUGAUGGGCUGUCUUUCAUAAUGAGCAAUUUUGAGAGUAAACUGAACAACAAAGUACCUCCACCAGUCAAACCAAAGCCUCCUGUCCAUUUUGAGAUCACAAAAGAUCUCUCCUACCUAGACCAAGGCCAUCGGGAGGGACAGAGGAAGUCUGUGUCUUCUAGCCCCUGGCUGCCUCAGGACGGGUUUGAUCCUUCUGACUACGCAGAGCCAAUGGAUGCUGUGGUCAAGCCGAGGAAUGAGGAAGAAAACAUAUACUCUGUGCCCCACGACAGCACCCAGGGCAAGAUCAUAACCAUUCGGAACAUCAACAAAGCCCAGUCUAAUGGUAGUGGCAAUGGUUCUGACAGUGAAAUGGACACGAGUUCUCUAGAGCGGGGCCGGAAGAUAUCAGCCGUGAGUAAGCCUGUGCUGUACAGGACGAGAUGCACCCGGCUGGGGCGCUUUGCUAGUUACCGCACCAGCUUUAGUGUGGGGAGUGAUGAUGAGCUGGGACCCAUCCGGAAGAAAGAGGAGGAUCAGGCAUCCCAGGGUUAUAAAGGGGACAAUGCUGUCAUUCCAUAUGAAACAGAUGAGGACCCCAGGAGGAGGAAUAUCCUUCGAAGUCUAAGGAGGAACACCAAGAAACCAAAGCCCAAACCCCGACCAUCCAUCACGAAGGCAACCUGGGAGAGUAACUAUUUUGGGGUGCCCUUAACAACUGUGGUGACUCCAGAGAAGCCAAUCCCCAUUUUUAUUGAAAGAUGCAUUGAGUACAUUGAAGCCACAGGACUGAGCACUGAGGGCAUCUACCGGGUCAGCGGGAACAAGUCAGAGAUGGAAAGUCUGCAAAGACAGUUCGACCAAGACCACAAUCUGGACCUGGCAGAGAAAGACUUCACCGUGAACACUGUGGCGGGGGCCAUGAAGAGCUUCUUCUCAGAGCUGCCAGACCCCCUGGUACCAUACAGCAUGCAGAUUGACCUGGUGGAAGCGCACAAAAUCAACGACCGAGAACAGAAGUUACAUGCCCUUAAGGAGGUGCUGAAGAAAUUCCCAAAGGAAAACCACGAAGUCUUCAAAUACGUCAUCUCCCACCUGAACAAAGUCAGCCACAACAACAAGGUGAAUCUUAUGACCAGUGAAAACCUGUCCAUCUGCUUCUGGCCCACCCUGAUGCGGCCCGACUUCAGCAGCAUGGACGCGCUCACAGCCACACGCUCCUACCAAACCAUCAUCGAGCUCUUCAUCCAGCAGUGCCCCUUCUUCUUCUACAACCGGCCCAUCAGCGAGCCUCCAGGGGCUGCACCUGGCUCCCCGUCAGCUGUGGCUCCCACUGUCCCCUUCCUCACCUCUACACCUGCUACCAGUCAGCCGUCGCCUCCCCAGUCACCUCCUCCAACCCCUCAGUCCCCAAUGCAGCCACUGCUCUCCUCUCAGCUCCAAGCCGAGCACACGCUGUGAGCCACCACAGUCCAGGAGGCAAGAAAACCAGUUGUCUUCUUGACAGGGUGGCACUUGGCCUUGAACAAAAUCAGGUCCUCGGGGGUGGAGGUCGCAGCCAAGCGCCUUUUUAAGACUUCAGUGGUGUCACUAGCCAGGGUCCACCAUGGCUGGGCAGUCGAGCACCCUGCAGCCUGCUCUUCACCCGGCACUGGCUGUGGCAGGCUGUGGGGCCCUGCCCUUGGCCUGGCCACUCUGAGGACUGAACUGACCAUUCAGUGGCCCAGCACCCGCACUGCUCCCUGGACCCCUUGCCCAGCCUGUCUGCCUGCACCAGCGUCAGGGCCCCAACGUCGGGACAGCACCCAGCCUCUGCCAGGGGCAGAGGUUAUACCCCAGCAGGGCUGGCCCCUCUAAAGAGGACGACACUUCACAGUUUGUCCUCUCUCAUUUUCUGUACCUACACACACCUGCAAAGGGGUCCUUGGAAACGUGGGCUCUGGCUCCGCUACCCCACAGUCCACGCUGGGGCACUGGCAUGGCCCAUCAGCACAGCAAGACGAGAGCUUUGUGCCUAGACCUAGUGCGUGGCUUUCCCUCCAACCCCUUCCCAGGCUUCUGAUCCAUUCUGUGCAGCAAAGGAACACUGGAAGAAAGAUGGAC